AUGGCGGAGCUUUGCCCCCCGUCCCGGUCCCGGUGUGGGCUCCUUCUCGUCUGUCUUGCGGUGGCAAACGCCUUUGGAGGGCUCUCGGACGACCUCGGCCUGCACGCGGUCCCCCUGUUUCGCAAGCCCGCCGUGAGCACCGGCCAGCUCGAGCUGGUCGAGGACGGACUCAACGUGCUGCGGGCGCAGACGGAGCCGUUUGCCAUUGUGAGUGCAGUCGGACCCACGCGCACCGGGAAGAGCUCCAUCCUCGGCCGCUCCUUCUUCCGUGGCGAGCACGAGAACAUUUUCGAGUCCGGCAGCGGCGUCACCUCCCACACAGGCGGAGUGUGGAUAGCGAGUCAACCGAUCACGAUGCAGCUGGCGGACGGCAGCUCCUUGCGCGUGCUCUUCAUCGACACUGAAGGUUUCAGCGGUGUUGGCGGCAUCACCUCCAAGACGUACGAGGCAAACCUGUUUGGGCUCGUUUACCUCCUCUCCUCCGUCGUCAUAUUCAACACCAUGUUCCCCGUUGACGCCUCGACAGUCGCCAGCCUCAACGCACAUGCGAGCCACGCGCUGUCGAUGCUGCAGGCGCUCACGGACAGCGGCCAGGCGGUCCAGAAGAGCAAGCCGCGACUGGUCUGGGCCAUCCAGAGCUUCAACAUCUUUAACCUUCAUAACAGCGGCAUGGCGGCGGAGGACCUGCUCGCGGCACUCCGCAACGCCUCGCGCGCCACUGGGCAAGAGCACGCCCUCGCGGUGCUGGGCGAUGCCGCCUCGAACUCAGCUUGGCUGGUUGAGAAGCUCUUUGAGGAGCAAGAACUCGUGACUGUGCGGCGGCCGCAUCCUUCCGACGAGAUCGUUGCCAAUCUUGCCAAGUACAACAGCUCGUUGCUGUCUGCGGAUUACCUGCACGACGCAGACCAACUUCAGCUAGCGACGAAGCACAACCUGAAGCCUGUGCACCGCUGCAAGGAGGACGGCACAAUCCUAACUAUCACCAAGUGCACCGCCGAGCCCUUGGUCGGGGCAGACUUUGUGAAGCAGCUCGCUCUGUGGCUGAAGCACGGCUUCAUUCUGGACAGGAGCGACCUCGAGGUUGACUACGCGAGCGAGACGGAGACCCUCAACAACCUGCGUGAGCGCAACCGCGUGUGGUUCGAUUCGCAGUGCAAGUCGCUGAACGAGGAGCUGCGCACCAAGUUCUACUGGUACCGCGAUGACUCGACAAUGAACCAGGGUCUGAGGCAGGAGGCGGUGGCGGCAGUCGAGAAGAUGAUGAAGGGAUUCCACGGCGCGGCCCUCUCGAAGCUGGUCGAGAGCGGCGUGUUCUGGAAGUUUCCGGGGAAGGGGGCGAUGCUGGUGGAGGCUCAGGCAGAGCAAGCCAUGCAGCGCUGCAAGGAGACGCUCGACGGCACCCGCAGGCACAUGGAAGACUGGGUGGCCCAGAGAGGCAAAGGGGAGAAGCUGCCGCAAGAGCUGCAGAAAGAGGCCGAUUCGAUCGCGAAAAAGGGGCUCUACCAGCUCGUGGCUACAGAUAGCUCCUGCUUUAGCAGGACAGACGCCCACCGCAUCAGCCUCGGCAGCCGUUUCACCCUAGCCUCGUGCGCCGAAGCAGUCUCCCAAAAGUGCGAGUGUGGACGUGGCUUCGAGUUCCAUGAAGGCAACGACGGCUAUUGCGGCUGCGGCACUGCUGGCACGCCCAACUCCGACUGCACCGAGCACCAGGAGGACUUCACCUACGGGAACUCGCGCUACGUCAUGUACAAUCCGGCUUGCAUGGACGAAAAACGAGGCCGGGCGAUGGCGGAGGCUGCCGCCAGUGCCGAAAGCCACAGCACCGGUGACGGCAAUCACGACGGCACGGUCUCCGCAUCCAGUGUUGACAAAAGCCCCGCUGCCUAUGCCCCCACUCCGCAAAAGGCAAGGCGGGUCUGCUUUGACGUCUACGAUUGA